UUUGAAUAAAAUUGGUGAUGAAGGUGCAUCAGGCUUAGGUUCUGCUUUAGCAAAAUGCAUUAAUCUCUCAAAUUUGACACUUGACCUUUGUAGCAAUGAAAUUGGUGUAAUGGGUGCAUCAGGCUUAGGUUCUGCUUUAGCAAAAUGCAUUAAUCUCUCAAAUUUGACACUUAACCUUAGUAGCAAUGAAAUUGGUGAUGAAUGUGCAUCAGGCUUAGGUUCUGGUUUAGCAAAAUGCAUUAAUCUCUCAAAUUUUACACUUUAACUUCGUUGGAAUAAAAUUGGUGCAAUGGGUGCAUCAGGAUUAGGUUCUGUUUUAGCAAAAUGCAUUAAUCUCUCAAAUUUGACACUUGACCUUAGAAUCGGGGGAGCUAACUUUUGA